AUGGAAGGAAUGUCAGUAAUAAAUUAAUUAUAAAUGAAAUUUAGAAAAUUUAAGUGAAGGAUGAAUUGAGAAGAUUAAGAAAUGAAAUUACUAAAUUAUAAGAAUAAAAUAAUCAUUUAGAAACAUAAAUAAUGAGUUUGUAAUCUUAAAAUCAAUCUUUGAUAUAAGAAAUAUCUCAACUUAAUAUGACAAUAGAAUAAUAUUAAUAUACAAUAAAUGAUGCAAAUAAAUAGAAAUAUAUCUUUGAAGUAUAUAAAGAAAUGAUUAGAUAAUUUGAAUUAAACUUUUAAGAACUUUAAUUAUAAAAUGAGAGAUUAAGAUAAUAAGAUCAUAAAGUGGCUUUUUUAAUAACAGAAAUUGAAAGAUUAAAUAAUUUAAUAAAAUAAUUAAAUACAGAUGCAGAUGAAUGGAAAUAAAAGUAUUAAAGAAUAGAAUUAGCAUUGAUGGAUUAUAGAUAAAUAGAAAAACAAAUAGAGGUGCAAUUAAUAAAAAAUGAAUUACUUAUAGAUGAAAUUGAAAGAUUAAAGAAAUAUUAGAAUAAAAGUAAUAUGAUAUUGAUCAAUUCAUUAAAUAGUAUGAUUUCAUUAAAUCUCAAAUAAGUACUUAUCAAAUUAAUGCAAAUGUAAGUGUAAACAGAAUCUAAGAGUAUGAAUUAACAUAAAGAGAAGCAUCUACAAUUUUACAGGACAAUGAAAGAUUAUAGAGAUAACAUUAAUAAUAUUAAUAAUAAAUAUCUACUCUCUAAAUAUAAGUUUAAGAAUAAAUUACAAAGAAUCAAUAAUUAAUAGCUUAACAAUAGUAAUCUAAUAUGAUGAAUAAUAAUAAUACAGAAAUAGAUAAAUUGAAAAGAUAGAUACAUGAAUAUGAGAGUAAGAUUGCAAUUUUAUCUCUUGAACUUACUAGAGUUAGAAAUACAAAAUAGAUUUCAAAUUUAUAUGAUAAAUCUGAUAAAAUUAUGGAACUCUUAACUAUAAUUGUAAUGAUGUCUGCUGAACUAGACAAUCUUAGAGGAAUUACAUAUGAAAAAAGUACUGUGUAAUCAUAGAGAUUAUAAGACAAUACUAUAUAAUCUAUUCGUUCUCAAUCCAUUAAUAAUUAAUAGGUUAAUUAUUCAUACAGUAAUUGGAAACAGAAAUGA